AUGGGCGACUGGAGCUUCCUGGGGAGACUCCUAGAGAACGCCCAGGAGCACUCCACCGUCAUCGGCAAGGUCUGGCUGACCGUGCUGUUCAUCUUCAGGAUCCUGGUGCUGGGGGCCGCGGCCGAGGAGGUCUGGGGGGACGAGCAGUCGGACUUCACGUGCAACACGCAGCAGCCAGGCUGCGAGAACGUGUGCUACGACCGCGCCUUCCCCAUCUCGCACGUGCGCUUCUGGGUGCUGCAGAUCAUCUUCGUGUCCGCGCCCACCCUCAUCUACCUGGGCCACGUGCUGCACCUGGUGCGCGUGGGGGAGAGGGAGGAGGGGCGGCUGAAGGCCGACGGGCCGCCCCUCGGGCAGGACAGGCCCCCGGUGCGCGGCGACCGGGGCGAGGUCCGCCUGGCCGGCGCCCUGCUCCGCACCUACGUCUUCAACAUCAUCUUCAAGACGCUGCUCGAGGUGGGCUUCAUCGCCGGGCAGUACCUCCUGUACGGCUUCCAGCUGAAGCCGCUCUACCGCUGUGACCGCUGGCCCUGCCCGAACGCGGUGGACUGUUUCAUCUCGCGGCCCACGGAGAAGACCGUCUUCAUGCUCUUCAUGCUGGCCGUGGCCUGCGUGUCCCUCUUGCUCAACGCGCUGGAGAUCUACCACCUGGGCUGGAAGAAGCUGAAGCGCGGCAUGACCGACCCUAACCGCCCGGACACUCCCGGCUCCAGCGUGAGGGCCGCAAAGCCUGCGUGUGGGCGCCCCCGCCUGCUGCCCUCCCUCGCCAACCCACCCGCCCUCACCGUCGGGCUCCCGCCCUCCUACGCGCCCUCGGCCUCUUCCCUGGGGCAGGCGUCGGCCCCAGGCUACCCCGAGCCCCCUCCGCCGGCAGCCCUGCCCGGGACCCCCGGCGAGGGCCUCCCGGCCGGCUCCCCCGGCGGCCACCAGCACGUGCUCGCGACGGCGCCGAACUGGGCCGGCCGGGAGGCCGAGCAGCAGACUUCUGCCGGGAAGGCCUCCCCGCCGUUGUCCGCGCCCGCGGCCCCGAAGCCCCCGGCCGGCCCCCAGCAGCCCCCUCCGGAGGGCGGGGCGGGGAGCUGGGGCGACAGCGACGGGGAGGGGGCGGUGACUGCCGUGGAGCUGCACGCGCCGCCCGAGCUCCCCGCAGACCCCGGCCGGUCCAGCAAGGCCAGUAAGUCCAGCGGCGGCCGGGCCAGGGCCAGUGACUUGGCCAUCUAG